AUGGUCAACUUCUGUCAAGCAACAGAUGCAAGAGAACUACACCAGAGACGGCCCUCCGUCGCGAUGGCUGUGACGACCCGUCAAGAUCACGGUCUCGCAACGCCGUCUCCAUUCCUGGGACUCUCGCCAGGUUCGCCGGCUCUACAGCUUGGUGACCUGAUAGGGACAGUCAACGGCGAAUUGUACGCCGGGUGGUAUCUAGCCAGCCCACACCAACCGCUAUCCGAUCCAGCCAAGUCCGCAUACGAAAGUGCCCUCGACAUCCUUGAAAAGACACUCACAAUCGACGAAUACCAGACACCAUGGCUGCAACGCCAAAGCUCGAUGCAAGAUGUCCGGGAAGCGGUGGUGCAGGCUCUCAAGGAAUACAGAACAAAGGCGAAGGGCAACAAGGUUCAAGAAUGGCUGUCAAGUUGUUCUGAAAGAGUAAUGUACUAUGGAGCAAUCUUCGACACUUUCGCUCAACACCACCCGGAGUACGUCUCGUUGGCCUGGGGAGCCAUGAAAUUUCUGUUUAUCUCAGUUCUGAAUCACGAAGAAUUGCUCAGCGAAAUUUCCAAGGCAAUCGCCAACCUCGCAGAUGUGUUGCCGCGAACGGAGCUCCAUUCGAUUCUCUAUCCCACGGCUCGGAUGCAAGAGGCAGUCUCGCUGCUAUAUGCCAAGAUAAUUGAAUUUGUUGUCAAGGCUAUCAAGUGGUGCAAAAAGGGCAAGGCGAGACAUGCCAUCGCGGCCAUCGCGCAUCCGUUUGAGCUCAAGUUCAAAGCCAUCAUUGACGAGAUCACGAAACGCUCUAGAGCAGUAGACGAGUUGGCUAACGCGGCCUCGAAGGCUGAAAUUCGAGACCUACAUUUCACAGUACAUCAGAUGAGUACAUCGAUUGCACAACUCACCGAGACGAUGGCCUUCCACCAGCAGCAGCAGACCAUACAUAACCAGUCUUUGCUGAGCCUUCGAGCAGAACAACAGCAUAUGUUCCGAAUGGCUCAAAUUGAAGAAUUUCGCAGAACAGUAUUAUUACUCGACGAUACGCCGGAUGCAUCACAGAAUUUUGCAUUUUGCAAAUCAAUGCGAACUCGGCGCAGGCAGAGACUACCAACACAGCUGCCCAUGACUGCACUAUCCAAACUGAGAGCCUGGGUAUCGGACCCUUCCUCUUCCAUGAUCCUCGCCCAGGGACAGGGCAUCAAAACGAGUUCACUAGACUUUGCCGUUGACUUUUCGGAUGCUGUUCUCGACCGCGACUACCCAGUUAUUUGGGCACUACCUGGGGACAUUGACAGUUCUCAGCCAACCCCAUCAGUCAUCGGUAUCCUAAGAUCUCUAAUUUCACAGCUGCUUGAAUUAGAAUAUGGCCAACCCCAGAAUGGAGCAAGCUCGGUCGCCCUCAAACAUUUCAAAGGGAAGACAAACACUCGGCAUUGGUUUGAGAUCCUCGAGCGCUGUAUUUCUAACUUUUCUCGCUUGUUCGUCAUCAUCGAUACGAGCCUAGUGCAAAACUCUCUUCAGGAGGAAGUGAGAGGUGACGAAGACUUCGCUCUCAGUGACUUCACACAGAGCUUCUCAGACAUUGUUACUCGUUCAGAUAAAGAGGGGCUCAAAGUUGUCGUCAUAUCUUGGAGGUUUGACACAGCUACCUCGAUGGAAUCCGGGGGAAUAUUCGAUGAAAUGCAAUUUGCUACAGACAUGGGCAGUAGAGUACAAAGAAUGAUGCGGCAACCGAGAUAUCGAGCCAUGUUCAGAAGGAGGGAUCAGAGCUUGGCGAAGAAUCUCAACUUCCCAGUUAACGGAAUACCCUAG